CAUAUAUAGUGUCGUCGUGGCAUCUGCAUUCUCACUUUCUGCCCUUCUGAGAAAACCAUGGCCGGGAAGGUCAUGAACGCCGUGCAGUUCGAUGGUUUUGGUGGUGGAGCUGCAGGUUUAAAGCAUGUGGAAGUUCCAGUUCCUGCUCCAAAGAAAGAUGAAGUCUUGCUGAAGCUGGAAGCAAGAAGUCUAAAUCCGAUUGAUUGGAAGAUUCAAGAAGGCAUGCUACGACUACUUUUACCUGGAAAAUUCCCAUACAUACCAGCUACUGAUGUAGCAGGUGAGGUGGUAGAAGUUGGUUUUGGUGUCAAGAACUUCAAAGCUGGUGACAAAGUUGUAGCUAUGCUUAGCCAUACUACGGGAGGUGGGCUUGCUGAGUUUGCUGUGGCAAAGGAGAGUUUGACUGUCAAUAGGCCUGCUGAAGUAUCAGCAGCUGAGGGAGCAGGCUUACCUGUAGCUGGCCUCACUGCACUUCAGGCUCUCACCCAGUCUGCUGGUAUCAAACUUGACAGCAGCGGGAAGCCAGCAAACAUUUUAAUAACUGCCGCAUCAGGUGGUGUGGGUCACUAUGCUGUUCAACUGGCAAAGCUUGGGAACACACAUGUUACUGCAACUUGUGGAGCUCGGAAUAUUGAGUUUGUCAAGAGCUUAGGAGCAGAUGAGGUUCUCGACUAUAAAACCCCAGAUGGCGCAGCCUUGAAGAGUCCAUCAGGUCAGAAGUAUGAUGCAAUAAUCCACUGUUCAACAGGUGUCCCUUGGUCUACUUUUGAGCCUAAUUUAUGUGAGAGUGGGAAGGUGAUAGAUAUCACUCCUGGUCCUAGUGCCAUGCUCACCUUUGCAAUAAAGAAGCUAACCUUCUCCAAGAAGCAGUUGGUGCCUUUACUUUUAAUUCCCAAGCGUGAGGACCUGGAGUUUCUGGUUAGGUUGGUGAAAGAAGGGAAACUGAAGACCGUGGUGGACUCGAAACACCCGCUGAGCAAUGCUGAAGAUGCCUGGGCAAAGAGCAUGGAUGGGCAUGCUACAGGAAAAAUCAUUGUGGAGCCUUGAGUUAAGGUGAAUAUUAUGUUUGGGUUGGUUAACUAAAUUAUGGUUGUUCAGUGAGUUACAUAGAGAAUAUUGUGUUGAUGUU